GCGACCGGGUUGGCUCGCGAGCUAAAUGAUAAACAAGAAAUAUCUUGAGAGAAAUAGCUAAAAUAACCCCAGUGUUUUAAAACAUAAUCAGUAAUAGCCGCAUGUAUUCGCUUAGCUAAGUUAGCUGUAUCCACGGCUGUCGAGCUGAUUCGCGGUUUAACUGGAUAAUUUAAGCACGCAUUAAAGGAGCUAUCAAACCACUACUGACCACUAAGACACCCAGUCAUGGCUGCCGAACCUAAUUAUCGCCGGACAAAACCGGGUGUUAGGACAGCUAACCUUGCUAGUUCAAAUGGAGUUGGGCCCUCAUCACAGAUUCCGGGAUUAUCUGCAUCUGCCGCCGACAUCACUCCUGAAGAAAAAUCUAAAGGAAGACGUGUAGGAAUUCAGGCCUCUGACUCGGAUUAUGUUAAACUUGCAAAACAAGGAGGACAGAAGGGUUUGCUGAGGCAUGAUGGAGACCCUAUGGAAACAAAACCUAACAGUUCCUACAAACCCGCUAGUUGGUUCGCUGACACACCUGAUGAUCAAGAGAGCGGAAGUAAUGCAACUACCCCUGAUGGAAUCAGCCAGUCUAAAGGGGUCUUACAACACCUGGAGCCCCCAUUUGGAACUGAUAACUGUUCAGCCUGGGAUUCUGGUAAAAAGGAUGCCAGCCAUGCCACAUCAGAGAUGCAGAAACUCUCCUUAAACCAAAACGAGAUUGCAGAAGCCAGCAAGUUCAAAAAGAUUUCCCAUGAUAAGAAGGCGACAGCUCCAGUGAACAUGUCCAAACUUUUAAGUUUUGGUUACGCUGACGAAGAGAAUAAAUCUCCCAAUGAUGAUGAUGCUUCAAGCAUUACCUCUGAGCAGACCAGCACCAUUGCACCAGAGGAUGAACUAGAAUAAAGAUGAUGUCGCCCAAAACCCUUCUUCAUGAAUUGUUGUUCUCUCGUAUCCACUAGCUCCUCUGCAUCAAUCACCCACUCUCUGCUUUAUGCAAAAAAAAUUUUUAGUUAUCUGUUUUGCAUCUUUAUCUAAAUGACUUGUUUGUGUUAUGCUCACAUAUCUAUGGUGCUUGUGAUCAGGAUAUCUAUACCCUUGAAGAAAGGGAUAUUUGUAAAGUCUAAAUGAAAACCAGCUGUUUCUCACCUCACAUUGUCAAUGGAUAUGACAAAAUAUGUAAGCUGCAAACUCUUACUACAAACUCCAUGGCUGUUUUAUAAAGUAAGUCUCUGGUUUGAACACUUUUGAGUGUUCUUAUGGCCCAGUAGUUAGCUAGUUGAGCGCAUGAUGAGCACACAAGAAGGUUACCUUAAAAUAAAUGAUGCAGAUGCGAUUGGUAGGGAUUUGAGAACAGGAAGGGGUUCAGGGAGUUCGCAAUUGUGAAUGUCUGUUAGUAUUGAUGUGAUAGUAAAUAAUAAUCACAGAUUCAGUUGUUUUGGUGUUCUAUGCUGUUUAAUUUUAAUAUUUCUUCCUUCUGAAAACAAUGUUUACACUUGCUGACAGUUAAUAUCUAUAAAUGAUAAAUGAAUAAAUUUGCAUGUG